AUGAAGUAUGGACAACUCGUGAUGGGGCCUGCAGGCAGUGGAAAGGUUAAAAAAAAGUUAUCCGGAAAAAAAGAGUAAAAAGGUUUUCAGUCGACUUACUGCUCUGUAAUCUCGAAUCAUUGCCAGACGAUCGGAAGACAAGUGAGAAUGGUGAACCUCGAUCCGGCCGCCGAGGCUUUCAAUUAUCCAACUGUUCUUGGUUUUUUCAUAUUCGAGAUAAUUUUGGAGAGUUAGGAAUUCCAGAUGUUCGAGAACUGAUCAGUGUAAAUGAUGUCCAGGAAGACGAAGAAUUGGUUCUUGGACCCAAUGGCGCUUUGGUUUUUUGUAUGGAGUGGGUUUUUUUGAUUUUUGAACGAUUUUUCCAAGCUUAAGUCUUAAUAAAAAUUUUUUUGAAAUUGGAACAAUAAAAAUUUUUUUUUAGUUUUUUUGAGGAGCGAUCGAAAGAUCAACACAGACUUAUAAGGGCGGGGGACGUUUUUUUGAGUGGCUAUAAGAAAAAGAUUUUUUUGCACCUCUGAACCACUAAUUUCUUGAUUUUCUGCAAAAUCUCGAAAAAAUAUCCGAGAUUUAGAUGUUUAGAAAAUCAAUGCUACAAAAAUCUCAAGAAAAGACUUUGGCCAAACUGUAAAAACGAGCAAAAUAACUGCUGAAAAGAUAUUUUUUAAGCCGCUUUUGAGGUUUUUUUUUGAAUCGUUUUCAGAACUUGAAUUAGCCAAUGAUGGCUAUAAUAUUUAAUAUAUUAUUUUUUUAUCCGAAAUUAGCAAAUUUAAUUUAGGUACUUGGUCAAGAACCUGACAUGGCUACGAGAUGAACUCGACCCGGCUGAAGACGAUUAUUUCAUUUUCGAUUGUCCCGGCCAAAUCGAAUUGUACAGUCAUUUGCCGGUCAUGCGUCAGAUUGUCGACGCUUUGAGGUAGACGAAAAAUUAAAAAUUUUUUUAAAAAGACCAGAAAAUAUAGAUUUCUUUAAAUAACUUCUUUUGAAAAAAUAUGAAGGUUUUAUGAGCUUUUUUGAAUUUUUGAGACGCUUGAAUACAUCUAAAUAAUUUUGCAUCCGAACUUUUCCGAAAUUAUGCCGUGUCUAAAAUAAUGCAGCGAAAUUCAAAACAGUCGUCAGAGAAAGGAAAAGAUAACUAAAAUUUGGAGAGUCAGAGAUAGUUUGGAAUUUCUUAGAAAGUACUUUGAACACGGCGUUAUCCAGUUUUUUUUUUUUGGUCAAAAUCUGAUUUUCUUCAGAUCUUGGGAUUUCAAUAUAUGUUCAGUCUUCCUCAUUGAUACACAUUUUGUUCUGGAAGCUGAAAAGUGAGCUUUUAAGCUUUCCUAACCCUUGAAAUAUUUUUAUUUCUAAGAUUUAUCGCCGGAGCUCUGACAGCCCUUUCUGCGAUGGUAGCCAUAGAAUCGCCUGCCGUCAAUGUUUUGACCAAAAUGGACCUUUUGUCGGAGAGAAAUAAGCAGUUGGUCGACGAUUUCCUCGAAACCGACACUCGAAGCAUCGUCGAAAUGGGUUCCGAGGCGGCUCAGUGGAACGAAAGACACAGGGCGCUCACUCGAACCAUUGCACAGGUACUUGAAAUCUCACGAAAAUAAGAAAAAUAUUCUUUUCCAUCAAAUUAAGCCGUUCUUUAAUUUAAAUUGUUUCGCAUUCGGAUACGAAUCAAAAAAGGCUUUAGUGAGGUCUUAUAAACCUUUGUCGUAACAUUUUUCUCAUUUAUAUCUGGAAAUAUGAUACAAUUUCUAGCCUGGAGAGUUUAAAUAACCUCGAAACUUUUUUCAAUUUUUCCUGGCUGGGUCAGCUCAACGAUGUUAAAAAGGAUAAUCCUGACACUCGAAAAAAGUCAUUUAUAGUUUCUGAUUCAUUUUGAAGAUCCUUGAAGAUGAGGUUGGAAAAGUUUAAUUAUUUUGAACGAACGCUACGAAACAGUGAUAAUAUUUUUUUAUUCACUAGUUAAGUUACUGUCAAUUAAACAUAUUGAAUUAAGAAUUUAUGAGGAAGUUUUUAUCAGGUUCUGGAAGACUAUUCGAUCGUCAAGUUUAUCCCUUUGAAUUGCGAAGAAGAGGAAAGUAUUGAUCAACUGUUACUUACCAUUGACACGACAAUUCAGUAUGGCGAGGACCUUGAGGUUCAGUUUUCUAUGAAAAAAAAGAGAAAAAAAAAGUUUUUCAGACGAAAGACCGAUACCCCGAUGAAAUGGAUCCCGAUGAGUAA